AAACAUGCGAUAAGGAAGAGAUUCCAGGAAGUGAAAUAUUCCAAUCUGAACCCAUAAGAAAUAUACAGAUCAUUUCAAGUAAACUUUUUCUUCGCAAUGGUCGUCUACAUCUCUCUCAUAAUAUUUUUGGGAUUAAGUUUCCUACAACCUACAGUUCAAGCGGUCAUUGAAAACAACAUUUACAGUCCUCUAAUUGAACUUGUGUUCAAUCAUCUUAAAGAGAGUCCUUUAAAUUUUGAUAGUUGGACUGAGGAAAUAAGUUUAUCUUUGAAUAAAGAAAAGCAAGACCGAAUCUCAUUAAAUAUUCCCUGGUCGCGUUUGCUAGAAGAAGGAAAACCAUCACUAGAACUCCAAAAGCAACUCAAGCCUGAAAACUCCUUUAAGUUGAGGAUUUGGAUGAGCCUUUAUUGGUACCUCAAGAGAGCUCAGCUAUUGAAUGAUGUUCUUCUCUCAAACUUUGCCCAGGAAUUGAUGAAUCUUCGAAGAUCUCAACCAGAUAUGUGGAACAAUAGUCUCCAAAAUGUGGUACAGAGUUUUCCAAGUUCUUUGAGACUUUUGCUAAAAACUCAACGUUUGUGCCUGCAACACCAAAAGGAAAUGUUGAGUAUUGGGGCCGAAUAUCACCUAGAAUUGGGUGCCAAUAGCAACUGCAGCAUUUGGGAGGUUCAGGAGGAGAAAGAGGAUCACUGGCUCAAACUCGUAAAUGUCUGUGAUGAUACAAGCAAUUUCUUUAUAAGCAUGUUAUCACAGGAAGGAUCGCAUUUCUUGUUUAGUGCCCCCAGUAACAUGGCAACGCACUUUUGUGUGAUAAACGGAUUGGGUUUCUUCGAGGAGGCGUCAAACACGAAUAUUGGUUGCCAGUGGCAUUUAAAUGACUGCAGAUUUUUACACUUAAUAUAACAGUCAACAAUAAAAAUA